AUGGACGACCUCCAACUUAAUGGGACUGAGCUGAUUUCUUCAAACGCAGAGAUAACUCUGAUCCCCACACCGACCGACUCUCCAGAAGACCCGCUCAACUGGAGCCCAGCGAGGCGAUACUGGCAUGCAUUUCUGAUUCUGCUCAUUGUCGCCUUUACCGCUGCUACUUCGAACGAUGCUGGCACAGCUGGGAAUGGUAUGAAUGCCGAACUGGGCAUCUCCUGGGACUCGAUCAACGUUGCGGCUGGKGUACUUUUCGUGGGUAUUGGGUACUGCACGUUGCUGCUGGGCCCAGCCCCGUUUUUGUAUGGUCGACGCAUCUCGUAUUUGAUAUGCUUGGUUUUUUCGAUAGUCGGGUCUGUAUGGCUCGCCCGCGUGCAGACCACACAGGACAGCAUCUGGAACCAGCUGUUUGUGGGCGCAUCUGAAUCUUGCGCAGAGGCAAUGGCGCAACUGUCCCUGUCUGAUCUUUUCUACCAGCAUCGACGUGGACUUGUGCUGGGCUUGUACGUUCUUGCGGUCAGUAUUGGCACAUUCACAGGGCCCCUGGUUGCAGGGUUCAUCACCGACAGCUCUGUCCUAGGAUGGAGAUGGGUUGGAUGGCUAGCUGCUAUCAUCUCAGGUGCCAUGCUGAUUCUCUUUUAUUUUGGUCUGGAGGAAACAUCAUUCGACCGAAAACAUACCAUCCAGGGGCUUGAAGUCCCUCGAAGUCAGCCUCAACUCGACAAAGCCGAUUCUGCUUCCAAUGAAAAGACCCCGACGAAUCUGCAUUCAACAUCUCCAGCAGUUACGCUGGACGGAGAAUUCGGCGGCGGUAUGAAAGGAAAGUCCUAUCUCCAACGCAUCGCCUUAAUAACACCCUCCCCAACGUUGAUCGGCACCGGCUUCAAACAAUACCUCCGGCGUCUGUGGCUGAUACUUCGCGUUUUUGCAUUUCCAGCCGUCCUGUAUUCAGGACUCCAGUGGGGCGCACAGGAUGCAUGGCUGACCUUCUACCUCACCGUCGAAGAGGAUAACUGGUACGAUGCGCCGUGGUACUACACCGAUGCUGCAGUCGGGAUCAUGAAUGUGCCGACCUUGAUAGGGGCAUUGAUCGGCUGUAUAUAUGGCGGCUGGUUCUCCGACUAUUUUGUGCUGUGGAUGGCGCGCCGAAACAACAACAUUUUUGAGGCCGAGCAGCGUCUCUGGCUCAUGUUCCCCGUUGCACUGAUUGCGCCCGCGGGACUGAUGCUUUUCGGCAUUGGCUCAGACAGAGGCUGGUCUUGGCCCUGGCCCUACGUUGGGUUGGGGUUCAUCGGCUUCGGUUGGGGCUGCGCGGGAGAUUUGAGCAUGGCGUAUCUCAUGGAUGCGUAUCCGGACAUGGUGCUGGAAGGUAUGGUGGGCGUGUCGGUUAUCAACAACACCAUCGGAUGCAUCUUUACAUUUUCUGCUCAAUACUGGAUUGAUGCGCAGAGCCUGUCGUUGGUGUUUGUGGAGAUUGGCGUUUUGAGCUUUGUGUGUAUCAUGACUACUGCCCCGAUGAUUUACUGGGGUAAAAACUGUCGGAGAUGGACUCAGAAGAGAUAUCAGGCGUUUGUUGAGAUGCGUGAUGGACAAUUUUGA